GUCGAACCCAGUGUGACGAGGACGAAUAUUCCUUACUAUCUCGUCAUCGAUGGUUCACUGAAGUGCCUGAGCCCAUUAAUCCCAUGGCAGAUCUACAACACGCAAUCAUGACCUGCUAUUCGCAAUCGACCCAAGAAUGUCCGUCUCCAGCAAAGGAACACGCAGCGCCGAAACUGACCUUCAAUUGGAUGGCAACUGACCUGCACCUCGUUCGGGGACAUUGAAUGGAGCGAUUUGGUGCGUGGUACCAUCGCAGCACCUUCUGACGAAUCCCUCCCAUCUUGAAGUAUAAGAACCAGCCCUUUCCGUUGGCUAUCAUCCGGGUGAUCCAUCAACUCACAGACAAGCACGGAACCAUGGCAAUUACAAACCCCACCACAAACCCCACCCCGCCGUCUUCGGACCCUUCGGUUUACCAGGCCAACUUCAACGCAUUCGCCGCGGAAGGUCAACCGAAGACGUCAACCGCUUGGCUGGACAGGGCGCGCAAGGUCUCUGAUAUCCUGGCCCCCGAUGCCGCUGCUCGGAGUAAAGAGCAGAAGAUCCCACGGGCUGAAGUCGCUCUGCUCAAAAACGCAGGGCUGCUCAAGGCUCUGGGAGAUAUCAAGUAUGGUGGUGGUGGACAGAGUUGGGAAAUUGGAUAUAAGAUAAUCCGAGAGGUUGCUGCGGGUGAUGGGUCUAUCGGUAUGCUGUUGGGCUAUCACCUCCUGUGGUCGACCACGGCGCGCAUUGUUGGCACCAAGGAGCAGCAAGAGCGUACGGAGAAGCUCAUCCUCGAGAACAAUUACUUCAUCGGGGGCGCUGUGAACCCUCGCGAUAACGACAGUCGCGUCACGCAGGCACCAUCUGGCGAUGGUCUCGUCUUCAACGGCUUCAAGAAUUUCAACACGGGCGGUGUCAUAUCAGAUCUCACAGUAUUGGAAGGGGUUUACGAAAACACAGACGGCCACAUCUUCGCCUUGGUCCAGACCAACCAGCCUGGGAUCAUCUUCUCGCACAACUGGAACAACAUCGGUCUUCGCCUUACCGAAUCCGGAUCCGUCAAGAUCGACAACGUCCCUAUCCCAUGGGAAGAUGCAUUGGGGUGGUCAAAGGAGACCAAGGCCCCGAUACCCGAGGUCCUGGGCAUCCAAUUUCCCACUUUGCUCCUACCAACCAUCCAGCUAGUGUUUGUCAACUUCUAUAUUGGCAUCGCUCAGGGAGCGUUGCGGACGGCGCGACUUUAUACGGCAACUCAGACCCGUCCCUGGCCGUUUGCCCAUGACCCGAAGCAGAGUGCCGCAGAUGAGCACUAUGUUCUGGCCCGCUAUGGGAAGUUCUUUGCGUCCCUUCGGGCAGCAGAUGCAUUGGCUGACCGGGCUGGCCAGGAGCUAGCGGCCCUCUACGGAGACCACGGCGACAAGCGAGACAUAACAGCGCGGCAGCGUGGAGAAGUCGCCGAAUGGGUCGUGAGUGUCAAGAUUGUCGCGACACAUACCGCGCUGGAUGUAACCAGUGGUGUGUUCGAGGUGACCGGAGCGAGGUCCACAGCUGAGAAGUAUGGUUUGGACCGGUUUUGGAGGGAUGUGCGCACGCACACCUUGCACGACCCGGUGGCUUACAAGGAGUCGGAACAGGGCCGUUUCUUCUUGCUUGAUGAGAUUCCGUCCCCAACCUGGUAUACCUAG